AUGUUUCACCUGAGUACUGUUGCUGUUACGGUAUUUUUACUUGUGACUGCUACCAGACAAGAUGAUGACAUUGGUUACUUUUGGCAUUUAAGUGAUAUUCACUGUGAUUUAAAAUAUGUAAAUAAAUCAUGUAAUCUUCCAUAUGGUAAUUAUUCUUGUGAUUCACCACUCAAACUUGCUUUAAAUGCAAUCAAUGCAACUAGAAUGUUAUUUGCUAAAACACCGGAUUUUGUUAUUUGGAGCGGUGAUAAUGGGCCACAUGAUGACAGUUUGACAUCCGAUCAACUUUUGGAUGGCAUCCGGUUAAUAAGUAAAGCGUUGAAACAAUCAUUUCCAGUGGAUGAAGUUUACAUUCUACCUGUAUUAGGUAAUCAUGAUGUUGUGCCUGCAAAUACUAUGGAAAUUACACCACAAAGUCGUUCACGUUUUGACUUGUGUCACAAACUUGGUAAUGAUAUAGAUUUAUGGGGUGAAUGGAUUAAUCAUCGCCAAAAGAAAUAUUCAUCAUCAUCACGUCCCUCUUCCUUCUUCUCAUCAGAAAAUUCAUUAGACUUUCCAAUGGCUAAUUUCUCACAAACUUGUUUCUUCUCACAUUAUCUUGUAUAUAAUACUACUUCCAACAAUCAUUCUAAUACUGAUAAAAACAAUCAUAACUCUGAAAUUGCUCAUCAACCUAAUUUACUUCUAAUCAGUUUAAAUGGUCUAAUCUGGUAUCAAGGGAAUAUAUUAGCUGGUACUAAUGAUCCAGAUCCAUUGGGUCAAUUAAAUUGGCUUCGAAAAACAUUUGAAUGGGCAAGAAAACGAAAAGAUAAAGUUUUACUUGUUAGUCAUUUCCCUCCGGGUGCUUCAGAAAAUGCUCCACAAUGGUAUCAAUUUCUUCGUCCAGAAAUCAAUGAUCAAUUUGUGAAUAUAUUAAUUGAUAAUGCAGAUUUAUUAAUGACUGGAUUAUUUGCCCAUGAACAUGUGGAUAGUUUUCGAUUAUUAGUAUCUAAAUCAAAUGUACCAUUAGCAUCUUUAUUUCUUAUGCCUUCUAUUUCUCCAUUAAUGUUACAUGGAUUAGGUGAUUUUAAUCCACGUAUUCGAUUAUAUCGAUUUAAACGUUCCACAAUGACCCUAUUAGGUUAUUCACAAUAUUAUUUUAAUUUACAAAAUCAAUUAUUCAAUUCUGAUCCAUUCAAUUAUUGGCAAUUAGAAUAUGAUACAAUGGAUACGUAUCAUUUAACUGAUUUAUCUGCAAAUUCAUUCAAUCUAUUAUGGUAUAAUUUUUCUAAUGAAGAUAAUCAUUAUUGGUCAAAAUAUUGGAAUUAUGAAUUAGGCGGUCGACCACAUGUAUUCAAACCAAAUUAUCUUACAGAGAAUGGUCUUUGUCCACGAGCCAAAUCCCAAUGUCGAUGUGAUCAUUUAUGUGCUAUACGAUUUUUGAUUAUAUCCGAUUUAAACUAA